UUUUGCUGACUGACAUUCGAAAUAUUUUUAUUCGGAGUCGAAUAUUGGUGAUGGCAAUUCAUUCGUUCGUGCAGUUGCUGAAUAAUUUUGCUUUAAGUUUGUGGAUUGUUUUUAAUCCUUAAUCACGGGUUAAAUUAGUAAAAAGUGAACAAAUGUUAGCAAUAUAUAAACACAUAGAAAAUUCAACGAAUUUAUAGUUAAAAAUCGCAUCAAAUACACUAAUACGAGUUUGCGGAAUUACACAAACAAAGAAUAUAAAUUUCGAACAGACGGAAGUGCGAGAAACCCAAAAGCGCGAUCUCUUUUCUCAACGCUGGACGUAUUCUCUUACUCUAUGAACUAGCUAUUGCGGCUCUUUUUUUAGUACACACUAAAGUAAACGAUCAACAAUUUCAUAACACUUGCAACUGUCGAACAACAACGCUAUUUUAAAUGUCACAAAAUUUGAAAAAGAAUUCGCCUAACAGCCGAAAUCGCAAGCAACAGCAGCAACAACAACAGCAACUGCAAACACAAAAUGCAGACAGUGUAAAACAGAAAGUCUCAGGCAACCAAUUAACUGCCAAUAGAAAAUCGAAUGGCGGUCUACCUUGGUCCAGUAACAGCGGCUCCACGCCUAGUGGUAGUCUCACCUCGUCCGUGUCGGCACCCACACUUAUGCGUAAAAAAUCGCAAACGAAGCUGCAAAAGGAAAAGGAACGCGCGGAGCGUGAGACACUUGUGCUGUGGCGUCGACCGGUGCAGACUGUGAGAUAUUGCGGCCUGGAGUUAGUGACGCUGGCGCAGACAUCCGGAAAGCGAUUACUCCAGCAACGUGGUUUGCUUGCAGCGCUACUAGUUUUAGGUACUAUUUUAAGUUUUAUUUAUUAUUUACCCGGUCCACAUCAGCUGGUAUUGGAUAUUGUGCGUCGCAAUACGUGGUUCUUCAUCUAUUGGACCGGUUUGGGUGUGCUUUCAUCGGUGGGUCUGGGCACAGGUCUGCAUACGUUUUUGCUGUAUUUGGGACCACAUAUAGCUAGUGUUACACUGGCAGCUUACGAAUGUAAUUCGUUGAAUUUUCCGCGACCACCAUAUCCCGAUGAUAUUAUCUGUCCGGAUGAGCCAUAUGCAAAGAGAGUGCCAAAUAUUUGGAUGAUUAUGAGUAAAGUACGCAUGGAAGCGUUUCUAUGGGGUGCCGGCACCGCUUUGGGUGAAUUACCACCUUACUUCAUGGCAAAGGCGGCACGUCUUUCUGGCUAUGAUCCCGAUGAUGCCGAGGAGUUGGCCGAAUUCGAGGCAUUAAAGGCCAAACGUAAUCAAACGAAUUUGAGUUUAAUGGAUAAGGGCAAAUUAUUUAUGGAACGCGUUGUGGAACGUGUCGGCUUCUUAGGCAUUUUGGCAUGCGCAAGUAUUCCCAACCCGCUAUUCGACUUGGCUGGCAUUACAUGCGGUCACUUUUUGGUGCCAUUCUGGACUUUCUUCGGUGCUACGCUCAUUGGCAAGGCCAUCAUCAAAAUGCACAUACAAAAAGUAUUCGUUAUUAUUGCUUUCAACGAGGCGCUCAUUGAACGUGCUGUCGAUGUGCUUGGCAAGUUACCCAUAUUGGGUAAGAAACUACAGGAACCGUUUAAGGGCUUCCUCAACAAUCAGAAGAAACACUUGCAUCGCGAACGUCAACCGGCAGCCGAGUCUGGUAACUUGCUGUCCAAGGUGUUUGAAACGUUCGUCAUCUGCAUGGUUUGCUACUUCAUAAUCUCGAUUGUCAACUCAUUGGCGCAAAGUUAUCAUAAGCGCUUGCAUAAGAAGCAUGUGAAAAAAGUGAAGAAACCGGUAGCAAAGGAUUAGGUUGUAUUAUUGCAGUAGUUGUAGUGAAGACGAGAGUGCAAUUGAGUGGGCGCUGGUGUGGUGUUCUUUAGGAGUGUUCGGGAAGAGCAAAAUCUAAAGCGAGUAGUAGUGUAUAUGACUGAAUUAUUUCGAUAUUUUGGCCUUGAAAGUGGUGUGUUGCAACAACAAUUUGCUAUACAAAAUUGACUAUAUGCCCACUAGUGUUGUGUUGUGUUUAGCUAAAUUACUAAUUAAGCUAAGAUGAGCAAUCAUCGUUAUGAAUUGAAUUACUAAAACAUAAUAUUAUAUAAGACAUUAACGACGCAAAUUGACUGACAACAACAACAAGAAAAAGUUUAAGCUGGUGCCGCUAAUGAUUUAGUGAAUUAUUAUAAUUUUUUUUUUGUUAAGUGCACGCUGUUUUACCGUAAAUUUUACAAUGAGUUCAAGGUUUAACGCUAUAACAGCAUCAUUUGCAGCAGCCUUAUGCUAAUUGCAACAUAAGCAGAGCUAGUCCUAAUUUGUAUGUAUGUAUGUGCAUGUACAAAAAUAUAUACAUAGGAGCAGCAAG